UAAACAUCGAUUUAAUGGACAUAUCGAGAGGAUGUGAUGAAACAUGUUUCCAGUUAGAUGUCUGCUUAUUAAAGCACAGCCGGGACGUCGGGUUCGGUCGUCUCUCUGAAGAAAGCUGCUUUCGAUUAGCUGGAGCUCUUUGUAAAGCAGGGUGGAGUAAAAAAAACGCUCGUGCGCUGUCACCUGAGCCGCUUUUCCCAGCAGACCUUAUCACCAUGGCAUCAGUCGCGUUUGAAAAGCAGAGCCUGAGCGUCGAGCCACGAGUGUGUGUGUGUGUGUGUGUGUGUGUGUGUGUGUGUAUAUGUGUGUGUAUGUGUGUGUUUGAGGACCAUACCGCCUGAGCAAGAUCUUCACAGAAAUCUUAAGAUGAGUCGCGUUCCAGCUUCACGCCUCCGUCCGUCGUCUGUUCUCAUCCUGCCGUGUGUCGUGAGCGUGUUGUUCAGCUCAGGUGUGACCUUGGCGAUGAAGAUCACCUCCACUGGGCCGCAGACAUUACAGCUGGCGCUAGGAGAUCAGAAAACCCUGCCGUGUACGUACACACCUGGGCCCGAGGAUGUCGGAGGCCUGGACAUAGAGUGGACGCUGGUCAGUCCAGACACCACGCAAAAAGACAUAGUGUUCCUAUCCUUCUCUGGUGGAAAUAAAUAUUACCACGGCGACCCGGCGUUUCUGAAGGGGGUGGACUUUGCGGUGAGUGACCCCUCUUUGGGCGACGCCUCACUGUCGAUCGCUGAGCUCACGGCCGCCCACACGGGAACGUACCAGUGUAAAGUGAAGAAAGCUCCGGGUUUGGACAUGCGCAAAAUCACUCUGCUGAUUCUGGAGCGCCCGUCAGUGCCCAAGUGUUGGCUGGAAGGGGACGAGGGCAUCGGGACGUCCGUGUCCCUCCGCUGCAUGUCGGAUCACGGAACUCCACCCAUCCAGUACGUGUGGAGGAGAGAAAGCGGGGGUCCGAUUCCUCCCACCGUGACACAGGAUCCAUUCCUUGGAGAUCUCUUUAUCGCCAAUCACUCCCUGGAAUUGGCAGGUAUUUACGCAUGUGAGGUGUCUAACGCUGUGGGGAAAGAGAGCUGUCGAAUCAACCUGCAGGCCACAAAACCUCCAAACAGAGCCGGUGUAAUCGCAGGUGUCGUGUCAGGAUGUCUGCUGCUCAUCUGCAUCAUCAUCAUCAUCCUGUUGCUCCUCUUCUUCCGAUGCAGGUCGCAGCAUCGACGCUAUGAGAAAGAGUUCUCCAAUGAGAUCAGGGAGGACGUUCCGGCGCCCGAGAGCCGACCGACGAGUCGCGUUUCCAGUCUUCAUUCCAGACCGGUUUACAGCCAAAUGAGCCAAACCGAACAGCACCAAGUGGAAUCCAGCAGCACAGGAUACACGUUGCCCAAAUACCACAACAAAUACGGCUACAUCGUGUGACACUUACCAGCAUCAGAUUACCCACAAUUCUGUGUGGGCUGGAAUACAAUACAGUCACGUUGUAUAAAGUGUGCUAUUUAUAGUGUGCUUUUCUAUGGUGAUGUGAAGAUUUUUAAAACUUUAUACAUUUAUAUUUUAGUCUUUUUUGCCAUCAUAAUAAAAUAUUUGUGUGUGUGUGUGUGUGUGUGUGUGUGUGUGUGUGUGUGUGUGUGUGUGUGUGUGUGUGUGUGUGUGUGUGUGUGUGUGUGUGAAGGUAUUAUUAAAAUUGUGUAAAAAUUGCAACCAUCUUCAACUGAACCCUUGUAAUAAAGUUAGAGGAGUUCACAAUGUGAAUAGUUAAAAGAUGUUUGUUAUUAGAUUCAGUUUUUAAAAUAAUUAUUUUUUUUUAAAUGAAGGUUUAUUUAAAAGAGUUACAGCUAAUGGCUUCUACUUAUGAAUCACUGUGAAGUUCAACUAAUUAUUAAUACAUGUAAUAUUUU